AUGGACGGAUUUGAAUUUGGUUUACUGGGCGGUAUUUUUUCCGGAAACCAGCAAGUUAAUGAAGAGCCGGAAUCCAGUCAGAAAUCAGAUAACAAGUAUGAAUACACAACAGAGUACGUUCCUCCUGAUGUUUCCGAAGUACCUCAGCCCAUUUUUCAAAAACAGCAAAAACCAACUAAUGUCGACAGUCUCGUGCCAGUUGUCGUUGGGAAGGUUUUGUCGAACAUUGUAGAUCCAAACCAGAAACUUAAAAUUUUUGGCACUCCUGUUUUUGGAAUGUGUGUUGUUGGCCAGGUUAAGAAUUUAGAAAAGUUUCCUUCCGUUUUCCAAUUUGACUUAGACGACUCCACAGGUGUGAUAAAGGUCCAUUUUUCCAAUGUAUCUCUUGAAUUAGAUGACCUGGACUACGUCCAGAUUGUCGGAUCACUGGUUCUUCUCAGCAUGGACAACUUCUACAUCGACUCUCAGCAUUUGAUUAACUACGGUAAGUACUCUAAAGCUGUAGAAGAUAGGAUUAAGUAUCACAACGUUCUCGUUGCCUACGCAGCUUACAAUUUGGAUUUGAGCGAAAGACUGAGGUUACAGAAUAAACACGUCGGUAAGGUGUCGGACAUGCCUGGCCCAUCCGGCGUCGGAAACUUUAAAGAGGUCAAGUUAGGUCCUGAAUACGACCAUAUAAAAAACGAACUUGAGAUUCUCGUUAUUAAGUACUUGAAAUCCACUCCUGAGGGAAUCUCUAAGAAGGCGCCCCUUUAUCAGGCUCUAAUGCAUACACAUCAAGAAUCAGAGGUUGAAGGUGCAGUUAGAUCUCUAGAGGAACAGUCUGAGCUGGUGUGUACUAAGGACCACGUGUGUUUGUCAAUUUGA